GCAGAACUGUUUCUGACAUCAUCUGAUGAAAAAGAUGCUAUUAUUCAAGCUGAACAUAUUAUCAUCACUGAUAUUAACCAGGUCAUCUGUUGGUAUCGUGGUGCUACAGCUCAGAAUGCCAUGCAUUGGUAUCAUCAGUUUGACGACCGUCGAUUUCGUAGAGAGAAUAGCAUUCCCCCAAAAAAUGACAGUAGGUAUUUUGGAUGGUAUAGUGGUGAGCAAACAGAUUCUUCUUCAUAUCAACAACUUAAACUAUUGAGAGACAUGAACUAUGUUCAGAUUGAGGGAUUUUUCUUUUGUGAUACUGGUCGCAAUAGUAUCUCCAUUCGGAUCCAUCACCCCAUCUCUUCCAUUAGUGGGAGUAUUCAAAUGUUGGAAAAAGGUAGUAAGAUGUUCAGAGUGAUUUGUAAAUCAACUGGUGGUAGACCACUGACAUUGUCUAUCACUGGACCAUCUGGUGUUGUGGAGAACAUGACUAACAUUGUCAACGUCAGUGACAUUAAAGGAGUGGGUAAUGACAGUUUUUCAGCUGAAGCUAACUGGAAAAAAGGAGCUCAUGGAGAUAUGUAUGUGUGUUUUGCAUCUAAUGGAGUGUCUAAUGCUUCAGAUGUUGUUUCAUUGAAAGUUGCUGGGAGUCCAACUCUACUGUUAAUAGUAGAGACAUCAGCUACGUCAGUGAUAGUGGAGUGGAGUCAGCCAUCAGGAGGAGCCACAGUGACUGGAUAUGUAGUACACUAUAGUGAUGGAGUCGUUAACAAUACCAAGCGUGUACCUGAUCCAACCUCCACUUGUCACAGUAUCAGAAACCUAUCUCGAUGUUCUAACUAUACAUUUUCAGUUGAAGCUGCUUCAGAGCACAUCUCU